AAUGAGCUGGACAUCUUUCUACUGUCCUUGUUUUUGUUGUGGAAACAGGACCAAUCGUUCCGGUCAUGUGCAACUUAAAGAAAUACCCACCGUGAAACUAGACAUGACGAAUAUGGGAAAUGAUGUCGUGAUCGUGAAAAGUGGAAAGCGAAUAUGUGGAACAGGAUCUGCCUUAUCAAAUGCCCCAAUUGCACAAGACAAGGCUUACUUUGAAAUAAAACUACAAAGUACAGGUGUAUGGGGUGUUGGCCUGGCUACCAAAUUAUGUAACAUGUGCACAGUGCCACUUGGAAACAACAAAGAAUCCUGGGUAGUUAGACAUGAUGGUGUUCUGUUCCACAACAACGAAGAGAAAGGCAAACUGCCUGAGGUGCCACAGGAAGGCGAUAUUCUGGGUCUUACAUAUGAUCAUGUGGAGCUGAAUUUCUUCCUCAAUGGUAAAGCCCUGAACAACCCACUGAUGGGAAUCAAAGGAACAGUGUUCCCAGUUUUCUACGUGGAUGAAGGUGCUGUAAUUGAUGUUCAGUUUGAUAGAUUUUACCACCAGCCCCCAGACGGUUUUGACAGCAUCAUGAUUGAACAGUCACUGUUAUAGUGGUGAAGUGUCAUACUCUUCUGUAUGUUUGUAUGUUCUGCCAUGGACACCAGAGGGCAGUGUAUUUAUACAAUGUACUGUAUAUUUGUAUAUCCUGUCGCGGACACAGGGGGAGUUGUAUGUGUACAAUUUUCUAUAUAUUUGUAUAUCCCGCGUACAGCAGAGGGCAAUAUAUGCACAAAAGCCUCUAUAUUUGUAUAUCUUGCCACAGAUACUAGAGGGCAGUGCUUGUUCGCAAUCCACUAUGGGUGAUAUUUUCUGCUAUAGACACCAGAGGGCAGCAUAUUUAAUCAAACCACAGGUCAAAUGAAGAGAAAGAACAUUACUAUAUGGAUAUAUGAUAGACCAUAUGAAAAAGCAGAUAUUGCUGUUUUAAUUUUAGCAAAAUUUUAAGACAGAGGGAAACUCAAAGGGAGAUAUCAAUGGUAUAUAUGUUAUGUAACCUGUCUUUAGAGGCCAGAGGGAAUGUGGUCUACAGACAGAAAUGUCACUGAAAUAGAUUUUAUAUAACCUGUCUAUAGAGGCCAGAGGGAAUGCGGUCUUCAGACAGAAAGGUUACUAAAUAGAUUUUAUGUAACCUGUCUAUAGAGACCAGAGGGAGUGAGGUCUACAGACAGAAAUAUCACUGAAAUAGGUUUUUUAUAACCUACCAAUAGAGGUCAAAGGAAAUAUGGUCUUCAGACGAAAUAUCAGUGAAAAAGAUUUUAUGGGACCGGUCACUAGAAGCCAGAGGGUGUAUGAUCUUAAUACAGAAAUGCCAAUGAAAUAAAUUUUAUAGGACCUGUCUAGAUGCCAGAGGGAAGAUAGUCCUCAGUCUAGGAUACAGAUUUUAACUUAACUGUUUAUAGUUAUUAUUUAUCAUCUUUUUGGCCAGUAUGGUGAGGGGGUCUUAUUGUGGGAGUUUACCAGAGACAUUGAGUACCUGGGGAAAACCCAUGUGGUCAGACAGGUGACCUCUGACCUUUUCAUGUCUGAUCAGGGAAUCUAGCCCUAGUUGCCAAGGUGAUUGGCAGAUGCAUUACCAAUGAGAUGUUAAAGUUAGUUAAAGGUACUUGUUUUGACCAAAGAAGUGUUUAAGAAAUCUCUGUUGAACUUUUACAGAUGAAUGACUUAUGAUAGGCUCUAGUGAUAGAGUUUUGUGAUAAUUAAGUGUGAUGUGUUAAGGUGCGACCGUGGGUGAGGAUAAAGUAAAGAUAUUACAUGACUUCUAUACAUCACAUCAUCAAGUCAUUUUUUUUAUACAUUUAUAUUAGUUUUUUGUGUAAGGAUAUCAGGAUUUGUGAAACACAGGCCCUUAAUCUGAUUGAAAGCCCCAAAAACUCUAAUCACAAGACAAGUCUUCAGCAACCUAUGCUGAUCACCUUUUAUCUGUUGUCAUGCAUUGACCAUCUGAUUUAUUGAUAUUUCAAUUUUUUCAUCUGAACCAGUUUUGAUUAAAUUAAAAGUCUGCUUAUUACAGAUAAAAUUGUUUUUGAAUUUUAAAAGAACCAAAUAAUCACGUUCAAAAAUACUCAAAAUACUUUAAAAUUUAUAGUAAAAAAGUACUAGAAAGGACCUUAAAAAAUUUGUACAUCUCUCAAAUGGACUAAUAACACAAAAUUCAGAUAGCAGGAUUUUGUACAAAAUAGAUUAUCACAAACAGUCUUGUUACCAGAAUAACCAGUUCUGAUCCUUGUUACAAGGAAAACACAGAUUAGAUUGCCACAUUGUUAAAAUAUGUCAACGAAAUGAGCACCUUGGAAAGUCACAAAUUUUUCAAUUGGUUAUCUCCCUUAGACUGUUUUAUCUCUGUUGGCUUUCUGAUUCCUUAUCAACUUAAUGAGGGUUUGAGGUCAACACCGCAUGCAGUCUCUGUCACGCUUCAUUGUGAUUAAAUCUGUCGGAUGUGAGUUAUAUUGUUUGCACCUUUUUAAUGUUAAAUCUCUGAAAAUUAUUUGUAAAUCUCAUAGGAAGCUGGAACUCUUUAAACUUAAUUUUAUAUGUAGAUGUGUCCACAGACUUAGAUAUAGAUGUAUCCUGAGUCCGUGAUAUGUCACUCUAGUGCAAUAUUUUAAUUAUUUUUAUGUUUGUGGUAGUGUAAUGUGAUUUUAUCAUUAUGGAAAGCAGAAAUUUAAGUUGAAAUUCCUUUCAACUGUUGAUGAGAAUUUGGAAAUGGUUUUAAAAUUCAAAAUUAAUACCAGUCAAGAGUCACAAAAAUCAAAUUUUUAAGUCCUUUUUUGUGUUUUUAUUUUUUAUUUUUCUUCUUGAAAAGUCAAUUUAUUUCGUCCACUUGCUCUUUUUGCCAGUAUACAGACAGACCUCGUGAAGACUUUACAAUAUAAGGCCAUUAUGGUACCACUUACAAGCUUUAAAACAUACUGCUACUUUGCGAUUCAAAUGCUUUCUAUCCAUUAACAGAUCUUUCACCAUCAGACUGGAUUAUUGUGUCUGAACACUUGAGUCCAGGUUCUGUUGAAUCCGGCUGAAGUAUGAAAUUAUAUUCAUUUUGUCUGGUUUCUUCACCAUAUUGACUUAGUUGCUCUGAAAUGUACAUUGUUUAUAAAAAAUAUACUUAUCUGUGAAUCUUGUGAAACUGGUUGAUGUGAAAAUGUCAUUUAAUUGACAAAUAAGACCAGUCUGAAAUUUUUAUGUUGUUAGUGCUGGAAUUAGUCAUUUUGAUUUUGACUUGCAGACUGAUCAUU